UCUCUCACCCCUGACUGUUUAAUAUAAAGCUCAGGUGAGCAGCACCUGCAUCACGUGACCCUGUAUUCCCAAUGCAAGUUAUUCCAGGCGACAGUCUGUUUCACCGGCGCGCACCUUCCGUGUUUCAAUGUACCCGCUGAGCGCGAACUGCUGGGAAAACCGACAGCCUCUGUUUCAUGUUUAAAGUGCAUUUGCUAACUUCACGAGAAAGGCUGUCAUACCUUUUGAUGAGAGGAUUCACCAAAGGGCUGCGAUGUGGCGGAGUCUUGCGAUUCUGUAUCUGACAUGCAUAACCCCAACCAAAUCUCUUGAUCCGCUGUGUAACAGCGCUCCAGAGUUCAAGCAUGAUCAGAAUCAAACUGUGAUGGGAACGCUCGGUUCCAGCGUGAUCCUCACCUGCACAGCCUUCAUGGGGUUCAAUAACACAAAUUCAGACUGUAAAGACCCCCUGGACUGGAUGAAAGACGGCACACCUCUUACCAACUACACCGUCUACCCUCAAGAAAUAGAAGGCUGGUACACAGAUGAGGGUCAUAUCAUUGACAGCAGUAAACUAACAGUGACAUUGAAAGAUAAAGCCGAUUUUGGCGUCUACUCCUGUGUGGUGCGAAACAGCACAGCACAAUUCAACAUUCAAGAAUACAAAACCCCAAGUCAUACAGGGGCUGUGGUGGCAACGGUGGUGUUGUUGAUAGUUCUCACUCUCUCAGCGGUGGUCUAUUCCAAAUGCAGACUCAACUUCAAACUCUGGUAUAAGAACAUAUACGGGGAUUAUGAGCUCAAUGAUGGCAAAAUGUACGAUGCCUACGUCUCGUAUAUCAACGAUGACAAUGACCGGAAGUUUGUCAACUUUAUUCUGAAACCACACUUGGAGAACAAGUACGGCCACAAGCUUCUGCUCAACGACACAAACAUCCUUCCUGGAGCCGAGCCGUCCGCAGAACUACUUAUGAACAUCAGUCGCUGUCGACGAUUAAUCGUGGUGAUGUCCCAGUCGUACCUGGAGCAGGAGUGGUGUACUACGAACUUUAGACAGGGUCUCUGGCAUUUGAUGGAGCUGUCAGGAAAGCCCAUUUUCAUCAUUUUUCAGUCCCAACAGCAGCAAAUGAGCCAAGCCAUCAUUCAGCAGCUGAAACACCACCAGUCUCGCAUCACGACUCUCACCUGGGGAGCACACUCUAUAACCCGUUCUUCAGGCUUCUGGAAGGCUCUCGCUUUAGCAAUGCCACGUAAGGUGACGUUUCACCGCGAAUCUGCGGGCGAUCCGCAAACUUUAAUGCAAGGCGAUGAGGAUCCCAUGCUCACGCAGCAGCCUGAUUACCUGGAUUGCACACCGGACCCAGAUCCAGCAGGAGACCUGGGUCUGCGUUUGCCUAUCUACAAGACACUGUCCACCAAAGCUCCAGUGCUCCCCGCGGGUCCAGAAGCGAUUACUGAACCCCGGGCUCCUGAUAUAGAUGUGUCUGACCUUGGCUCUAGAAACUAUGCCGCCCGCACAGACUUUUACUGCCUGGUCUCAGAGGACGAUAUAUAAGACACUCCUUCGAUGUUGUCUCUGGUCACUUUUUGUCGGUAAUUUUGUUGUCAGUAUGUUUUCAUGUGUUUAACCAGCAAUCUGCUCUAUAUCACCGUGUGAUUUUUUUACAUUUAGAAUAUGCACAUUUCUUUGUUUUUAUGCAAAAUGUUUAACAGCAUUUCUCGUGCAGUCAUUGCCAUUUCUGUUCUGUAUACAUUUUAAUAAAAUUGUAAUGACUGUG